GAAGCUCUGGAUUAUUAAAAUAAAAAUUGUAAACACUUCGUAGAUUCUACGGUCGUUAUCGCAAUCUAGUCAGUCUAGUGUUCUAGAAUACUAAAACCCGGCUGUUCAUAGUCCAAAAAGAUCUAGUCUUAGAUUGUUUUGACUCUAGAUCUAGAAUCUAGAAUCUCUCUAGAAUAUCAAUACGACUCACUAUUGACUAUUGUCUAUGACUAUAUUAGUAUAUUAGUAUAUAUAAAUAAUAUUAUCAUAUCUACUACUCUUAGUAACUCUAGUAACUAGAAUUAACUAGAUUUUACUAGAACUAGACUAGAACCCAGAUCUUAUAAAUAUAAAAAUAAAAUGGAAAAGCCACACAAAGUAUUUGUAAUAGGUGUUGGAAUGACAAAGUUUGAGAAACCUGGGAACAGAGAUGACUUUGAUUACCCAGAAAUGGCACUGGAAGCAGGCACUAAAGCUCUGGAGGAUGCAGGAAUCUGCUUUGACCAGAUUCAGCAAGCAUGUGUAGGCUAUGUUUAUGGUGACACUUGUUGUGGUCAAAGAGCUCUUUAUCAACUUGGCAUAAAAGGAAUUCCAAUUUACAAUGUAAACAAUGCCUGUGCAACUGGAUCGACAGCAUUAUAUAUGGCUAAAAAUUUAAUUGCUGGUGGCUCAGCGGAUUGUGUUAUGGCCAUAGGAUUUGAAAAAAUGGAGAAAGGCUCUUUAAAACCUAAGUGGACAGAUCGCACAAGUCCUAUGGACAAACAUAUGGAGGUUAUGAUUAAUGCUCAUGGCUUUGAUAAGGCUCCAGCAACUGCACAGAUAUUUGGAAAUGCUGGGCGAGAGCAUAUGGAGAAAUAUGGGACAACACCUGAACAAUUUGCCAAAAUUGCAUGGAAAAACCAUAGGCAUUCCAUUAAUAAUCCGUAUUCCCAGUUUCAAACAGAAUACAGUAUUGAAGAGAUCAAGAACUCACCAAUGGUCUAUCAUCCAUUAACUAAACUUCAGUGUUGUCCCACAUCUGAUGGAUCAGCUUGUGCAAUUCUAGCUAGUGAAGAUUUUGUGAAAAAACAUAGACUAGAGUCCCAGGCUGUUGAGAUUUUGGCAAUGGAAAUGGGAACAGAUGAGCCCAGUGUGUUUAAUGAAGGAAGUUGUAUCAAGAUGAUUGGUUAUGAUAUGGCAGAAAAGACAGCAAAGAGAGCCUUUGAAAAAGCAGGGCUUAAACCUUCUGAUGUUCAAGUUAUUGAGUUGCAUGAUUGUUUUUCAUGCAAUGAAUUGUUGACCUAUGAAGCCCUUGGACUUUGUGGUCAAGGGGAAGCUGGUUUAUUAGUUGACAGAGGAGAUAAUACCUAUGGUGGAAAAUAUGUGAUCAACCCCAGUGGUGGCCUUAUCUCUAAAGGACAUCCUUUAGGGGCUACAGGUCUAGCUCAAUGUUCAGAAUUGUGCUGGCAACUAAGAGGUGCAGCUGGUAAGAGACAAGUUUCUAACGCAAAAGUUGCACUUCAACACAACCUUGGUCUAGGUGGUGCAGUUGUUGUUUCCCUUUAUAGAAUGGGUUUUCCAAAUUCUUUAAAGCCCAGUAUUCAAGCUGUAGCAACCAGUUCUACUGUGGAGAAAGAUUUCAAAUCAGCUGCCAUGUUUUCAGAAAUAAAAAAAGCAUUAGACGCUGAUGGUGCAAAUAUUGUUAAAAAAAUGAAAGGUGUCUUUUGUUUUAAAGUGAAGGGUCCUGGUGACAAAGAGGCAGUAUGGGUUGUUGAUGUUAAAAAUGGAAACGGGGCUGUUAAAUUUGACUCAAAUGAUAAAGCAGAUACAACCAUUAUAAUGGCUGAUGAAGAUUUAUUAAAUCUUAUGCUGGGAAAGUUGAACCCACAAACUGCUUUUUUCCAAGGAAAAUUGAAAAUAACUGGCAAUAUGGGAUUGGCAAUGAAAUUAAAAGAACUUCAGCCUAAAGCUGGAUCAAAACUAUAAAAAGUGUUUUACAGAUAAAACAUUUUUUUUUCUUUAUCAUUCUCUUAUAUUUUAAUACAAGUUUGACAAUGCUGAGUAAAUGUGUUUUUCAGCUAAAAACAUAAACCAUUUAUGUUCUUUUUUCAUUGUCUUCAAAAUUAAUUACAGUGUAAUGGAUAAUAUUUCUGUGUGAUUAGAUUUAAAACAUUCUAGAUAUUUACAAGUUUGACAGAGAUUUAUUUAACUUAUUUGGUAUUAUAAUAUGUUGAAGGUUAAAUAAUCAUUAAUAUUAUUUUCUUUUUGUUGUUUUAUUGAUUUGAUCUAUUUAAUUAUUUUUUUUUAUACUUAUGCAUCUGUUUAAAAAUGUUUUCAUAUAUUUAAAAAAUAAUGCCUUUAAUUUUUUGUAUUACAUUUUAUACACUGGGAAAAUGAGUAAUGAAAGGUAACCUACAUUUUCAAUCAGUGUUUUUUUUUUUGUGAUCAAAAGGAAAGUUAUUGCUGAAGACAAGCCUAGAUGGCAAAAAGAGAACAUGAAUGACCAGUGUAGCCACAUGAAAUACUGAACUCCUAAAUCUUCAGAAUAUUCUGAAGAUAAGCCUUAGUUAUUAAUUUUAUAUGUGAGCUUAUUUAUGUAAAAAGUGUUAUGUAAUCAGAAAUUAAAAUGUUGACUUUUUUGUAAAUAAAAGAACAAUUAACAGCUAA